AAGGCUGCAAUCAACCCUUUAUGUGUGUUUGUGGGUGAAUUUUGAACUUUGUUAACCCAGAGUGUCCUUGACUUGGUCUCAAGAGGAUCCCUGAUUUGUACUUGCCUGUUUUCCUUUCUGCUGCAGAUGUAUGUUUUAACUGCCUAAAAAAACCCCUGAAAGUGACAUGUCAGUAAAUUUUCCGCAUCUCACCUGUGAAGGAAGUUCCUCCCGCCCUGUGCUGAUGAAUUGGAGGGAAAUGCUUUUUUCAGCUGAUAAAAAGAAAUAAAAUUCCGUGCCCUUCCCAAAGGAGGAAUUCAACAAUUGGACAAGUGAUGUGGGACCAUGUGUUGGUUGUCAACCAGAAGGAUUUAGAAUAAUGAGAAGGUUGUGACCAUCAAGGGGGGGAUGUCAGCGCUGCCUUCCUGGGAUUGGAGGAUCGAAAAGGAGAAAGGACCAGAACUGUUUGAUCCAGGCUGCUUUUGACUGCUGCCUCAAUCUGCUGUACCCUGGUGGUGGUGGAAGAACAGGGCAGUGGUUCCUGCUGGGUUCUGUGGUGUCACCACAGCAGGGUCACCAUGAAUGUAACAAGUUUAUUCUCCUUCACCAGCCCAGCAGUGAAGAGGCUGUUGGGGUGGAAGCAAGGGGACGAAGAAGAGAAGUGGGCAGAGAAAGCUGUUGAUGCAUUAGUGAAAAAACUGAAAAAGAAGAAAGGUGCUAUGGAGGAGCUGGAGAAAGCCCUGAGCUGUCCUGGCCAGCCCAGCAACUGUGUGACAAUCCCUCGUUCCCUGGAUGGCCGGCUCCAGGUGUCACACAGGAAGGGGCUCCCGCACGUCAUCUACUGCAGAGUGUGGCGCUGGCCCGACCUGCAGAGCCACCACGAACUGAAACCUCUGGAAUGCUGCGAGUUCCCCUUUGGGUCAAAGCAGAAGGAGGUUUGCAUCAAUCCCUACCACUACAAGCGGGUGGAAAGUCCUGUUCUUCCUCCGGUGCUGGUGCCGAGGCACAGCGAGUACAACCCCCAGCACAGCCUCCUGGCGCAGUUCCGCAACCUGGGGCAGAACGAGCCCCACAUGCCGCACAACGCCACCUUCCCGGACUCCUUCCAGCAGCCCAGCAGCCACCCCUUCCCCCACUCGCCCAGCAGCAGCUACCCCAACUCACCUGGGAGCAGCAGCAGCACCUACCCCCAUUCUCCAGCCAGCUCAGACCCGGGCAGCCCUUUCCAGAUGCCAGCUGAUACUCCCCCGCCCACUUACCUGCCUCCGGAAGAUCCGAUGACACACGAUACCUCGCAGCCCAUGGAUACCAACAUGAUGGCACCUGCAAUUCCCCCUGACGUGCACAGAGGAGAUGUCCAGGCCGUCGCUUACGAAGAGCCCAAGCACUGGUGCUCCAUCGUCUACUACGAGCUGAACAACCGCGUCGGGGAGGCGUUCCACGCGUCCUCCACCAGCAUCCUGGUGGAUGGCUUCACUGACCCCUCCAACAACAAGAACAGGUUCUGCCUGGGGCUGCUCUCCAACGUCAACCGCAACUCCACCAUUGAGAACACCAGGCGGCACAUCGGCAAAGGUGUCCAUCUGUACUACGUUGGAGGGGAGGUGUACGCUGAGUGUUUGAGCGACAGCAGCAUCUUCGUGCAAAGCCGGAACUGCAACUACCACCACGGCUUCCACCCCACCACGGUCUGCAAAAUCCCCAGUGGCUGCAGUCUGAAGAUUUUCAAUAAUCAAGAGUUUGCUCAGCUCCUGGCUCAGUCUGUGAACCAUGGCUUUGAGACAGUGUACGAGCUUACUAAGAUGUGCACUCUCCGGAUGAGUUUUGUAAAGGGCUGGGGAGCUGAAUAUCAUCGCCAGGAUGUAACGAGCACUCCAUGCUGGAUAGAGAUACAUCUCCAUGGUCCCCUUCAGUGGCUGGAUAAAGUACUUACUCAGAUGGGCUCUCCUCAUAAUCCUAUUUCUUCAGUGUCUUAAAAGGUCCCAAGCUCCUGCAUUUUGGAAACAGUUGAGCCUUGCAUGUACUUGAAAGAUGUAUGAGUCAGACACGCGUUUUUGUUUUUUUUCCCCCCUCAGCUGGCAACAGCUGAAAAAGAGCCAUGAAAACACUUGACUUCUGUGACCAACUGCUGGGUUCAGAAAACAAAGAUAAAUAAACCCCUUUGACAUACUGUUGGUAUAAAGAAUUUUAGUUUACAUUGUAAUGUACUGUUGUGGAGUUGAUUUACAGGGCUUAGUACAAGAGGGACAACAGAGCCAAAGCCAAACUCAGUGUGCUGGACAGAGUUCCCGAAGGAUUUUCCGGCAGCCUUCACUCUUAAGAUUCUCCUUCCUUACAUUCAGCACUCACUGGUUCCCCCCACGUCCUCUGGAGCUGAGAGUGGAUGUUGGCCAAGUCUGCUUCUUGCAGCCUCUCUUCAGUACUUCUUGGAAACACUACACUGAUGGCUGCUGUUCUCUUUCAAAGUAAAAGCAAGCAUAAGGUUUAAUCUCAAUAACUGUGUGCUAUCUCUGAAAUUGUGUCCUGACCAUACUGCUGUAAGAAUGUUAGGUAUGUUCUUUUGCUAAAUGUAUGUACGGUGUAUUUGAAAGUUUAGAAAUUAAUUAGAUUUAGACCAUAAAGGAAUUAGGAAUAUUUGAAUGGGGGGAGGUGGGAGUGGGAGGGGAAAAUGACAGCUGAAAUGUAGAAUAUAUUGUAAACAUAGCGUGUUAGUUUAAACUGAGGUCUGAAUUUUGUUGUGCAUUUUGUUUUCAUAGUGGCUUCAUCUUGUUAGUUCUGACUAUUUUUGCCUCUUCCUUUUCCCCCAAAGCAAUUGUGCAGCUUCUUUUACCCAUGAAGAGGACAAAAUUAUUAAUUACUGCAGUUUUGAAGGCUGUAGCUCUAUGUAUUUCAAGACAAAUUUGUACAGAGUGCUCUUUAACUAUUGAGCAGUUUUUUACAGUUUAUGUAACAAAAGUAGGCUUUUAAUUUUGUGAGAGAAUCUUGUUUUGCCAAACCUAGUAACUGUUAAUUGUCUGGAGGAGUUCAGUAUCCCUGUGGGGGUCUAUUUCAAACUUUAAAAUAUAUAUAUAUAUUUUUAAUUUUUUUUUCUGCUUGAUUUAUUUUCUUCUCUUUGCUCUUUUAUAUUCAUGUAAGCUGUAGUACUUUCAAGUACUUUUUUUCCAAAACUAGUGGGUCCUCUUUACUGGAAAUUUUGAAUAAAACCUGUUGUUACUGCUUACAUUUGAUUAAAACCUUGUCUUGUCCACUUCUUAGCAGACUCUUAACAAGCCAGAUAAAGGUGUGGUCUUGGAGGAGGAACAGCUAGAAAUGAAGAUGUGCUGAGCUUAGAUGUAAUGAUUAGUACAGGUUAGUAGCGCUGCUAAACUCAGGAGCAAGGGGAGGCUGAGCAGCAGAGCUCAGUGUGUGUUCAGCCAGACACAGAAUGCAUCUGUCUGUCUCUGUAAUGACUAACUGAGUGGUAGCCCUUUUUGGAAUAUGAGUCAAUGCCACCUUUUUCUCCUCUUUUUUCCUUUUUUCUUUUUUUGGUGGUUUUGUUAAAGUUAAUUCCACAGCUUGGCUUAGUAUAUACAUUUUUUUAAAUUAAAAAAUUAAAAGUUCUCUCCUUGCUCAGGGGAAAAAAUCCAUAAUGUACAAGUUCCCUAUUGAGAGGAACCUGCUGCUUUUACAUUCCAGGAAAAUAACAGGUUUUUUGGUUUCUUUUCAGAUUCAGUUUGACAUAUCUUUUUCAUAAAGAAGUGGUCAUAGCACAAAUGUAAGCCUUAAAAAUAAAUAAAAUGUAGAGAUGACCAAAAAGUGGAAGAAUGCUGUUUGCUGCUCAGGCACUGCCUUUGUUUUUGAUAUCUUCAGCCCCUGCUACAUAAACUCCCAGCUGUUCCAAACAGUUUCAUUGCUUUUUAUGGGAUGCAGCUGUGAGGUACUG